AUGGGGAAGCACAAAUCUUUCAGAAGCAAAGCAGUGCACUUUGUCACCGAUCUCACCACCGGUCUUUUUAAUCCCAUCUCUGAUAAACCCUCCUCUGCUCCUCCUCUUCCGGAUGAGGAAGCUGAGUCUACGAGAAAUCAACUAGAGUCCAUCACUGAAGAAAAGCCUAAGCAUUUGGUAGACGAACCAGACACUUCUUCUUUCUCUGCAUUCCUUGGCUCACUGCUGUCCUCAGAUCCCAAAGACAAGAAAACCAAUAAGGAUCAAGACGACGACAAAGAAGAAGAAGAAGAAGAAGAAGAAGAAGAAGAAGAAGAAGAAGAAGAGGAAGGAGUAGAGGAAGAAGAAGAAGAAGAUUCUGAGGCAGGAACAAGCGACACAUCAUCAUCAUCAGUGAAUAGAAAAAUGAAGGAGAUUACGACUGUUGUUGGUGGUGCUAAGAAGAGCUUGUUGUCAAAGUAUAAGCAGCAUUUGAAGAACUUUUACCAGUCUGUUAAGUUUCCGGGGGCCAAGGAACGAAAGGGAAUAUCUGAUGUGAAACCGGAUGAUGAAGAGACUGAAUUUGAUGGCUUGGAAAUGAAGCCGAUCCAGAACAGUAAUGUUAAAGAGGAAGCAACAAUCGUAGUGAAAGUAAUUCUACCUGAAAUCUCAGAGCCCUCUUUGCUUCUAUCGGACCUGUCAAGACGUUCUCUUUAUUCUUCACUUCCUGCGCUUGUCCAAGGCAGGAAAUGGAUAUUGCUUUAUAGUACAUGGAGGCACGGAAUAUCACUAUCAACGCUGUACAGGAAAAGCCUACUCUGGCCUGGUCUUAGCUUACUGGUUGUUGGAGACAGAAAAGGUUCAGUUUUUGGUGGUCUUGUCGAGGCACCUUUGAUACCAACUGAUAAGAAGUAUCAGGGGACAAACAGUACGUUUGUUUUCACAGAUAAGUCUGGACAACCCACAAUAUACCGUCCCACAGGCGCAAAUAGGUUCUACACUUUAUGCUCAAAGGACUUUCUAGCUCUCGGCGGUGGUGGACGGUUUGCUCUCUAUCUAGACAGUGAGCUGCUAAGUGGAUCAAGUGCUUACUCAGAGACAUACGGGAACACUUGUCUCGCAAACACUCAGGACUUUGAUGUCAAGGAAGUGGAGCUAUGGGGAUUUGUGUAUGGCUCAAAGUAUGAUGAGAUUCUAGCUCUCAGCAAAACAACGGAGUCUGGUAUUUGCAGGUGGUGA